AUGGCACUUAAGGAGUAUCAAGUCGUCGGCCGCAAGGUCCCAACUGAACAGGAACCUGUUCCUAAGUUAUUCCGUAUGCGUUUGUUUGCUCCUAACGAAUCUGUCGCCAAGUCUCGUUACUGGUACUUCUUGAAGAUGAUCAACAAGGUCAAGAAGGCCACUGGUGAAAUUGUUGCCAUUAACCAAAUUCACGAACCCAAGCCUCUUCAACCUAAGGUUUUUGGUAUCUGGAUUCGUUAUGACUCUCGCUCCGGUACUCACAACAUGUACAAGGAAUUCCGCGACACCACCCGUGUUGGCGCUGUCGAAGGCAUGUACCAAGAUAUGGCUGCUCGUCACCGUGCUCGUUUCCGUAGCAUCCGUAUUCUCAAGGUGGUUACCGUUGAGAACAAGGAAGAAGUUCGCCGUAGCUACGUCAAGCAACUUCUCGAUCCCAAGUUGAAGUUCCCUCUCCCUCACCGCCGUACUGGUACUCUCGGCUUGGCUGGCAAGAAGGUCUUUGCUCCUCACCGCCCUACCACUUUCUACUAA